UUUACAGUAGUGUAGAUCAUGUAAUUAUUGAACUAUAGCUGCGUUCAAGAAAAGAAAGGCAUUUUUUUAUUUCUUAUUAGAUUUUCCCACUUUCCCAUCUGUUGUUGUUGUACCAUAUAGAAACCAAAGAUCACAGGUGUAAGAUCUGCAGAAAAAUGGAUGGCUGCUAGUUGAUGAACCAACAUACACGCAGAGGAUUGAAGUGUUUGCAAGAACAAGAAAGGCUCAAUCUGGUAUAAACGAGUCAAACUGUUACAUGGGGGUACGAAGAUGGGCAGAGGUUGAUUCAUAAUUUCGUAUCUCACUCAUGGCGGCCUCAGAUAGGACUGGUCAAGCAAAUGAGCUCAAGUGAGCCAUAGCCCCUAACCACUCGAGCACUACAUUGGAAUGGUCAACAUUAAACACUCUUGUUUUCAAUUCACGGAUUUGAGGUCAGGGGUCAAGGUUCGAAUCCAAAACUAACAAGCAGAGUGGCGAAUAAAACUAGUUAUGCCCGGUGAGAUCAGAACCCUAAACCAAAGAAAAGAGUGAUGAUGGUGAAAAGACGAGAUGUAAGAAGGCACGUGGAGAUGAGGAGGCAGCCAAUAAUGCAAUCAAAUUCAGACUUGGCUUGAUGAGUCCUGUUUUGUCCUAUAAAUAGUAAAUACAACGGAAGGACCAAAACCCCAUUCGCUCAUCGUUUCCCUUACAGCCCCCUCUAGUCAUCCUCCUUUCUUCACUUCUUACGUGCAGCAGCAGGGCUAAGUGCCCAAUACAAGAAGAAGAAGAAGAAGAAGAUGGCCAAAUCCUUGAAUUUAUCACCAUCACCUUCAACACCCACCCUUUCUCUCUCUUCUUCUUCUAAAUACUCUACCCUCCUCAAAACCCCAACUACCCUUUCCUUCCCUUUAUCUCGCCACCACUCCCACUCUCACUCUCUAACCGUAAGAUCCUCCUCCUCCUCUGCUACAACCACCGCUACCCCAACUUCCACCACCUCUUCCAACCAAUUCCGAGUAGACAUACUAUCAGAAUCCCUACCUUACAUCCAGAAAUUCAGGGGCAAAACCGUUGUCGUCAAAUAUGGUGGCGCUGCCAUGAAACAACCUGAACUCAAAGCCUCUGUUGUGAGCGACCUUGUCCUCCUCUCCUGUGUUGGUCUCCGCCCUGUUUUAGUCCAUGGUGGCGGCCCAGAAAUCAACCACUGGCUAAAACUCCUCAACAUUGAGCCUCUCUUCCAUGAGGGUCUCCGCGUUACUGAUGCCAAGACCAUGGAGAUUGUGUCUAUGGUAUUGGUUGGAAAGGUCAAUAAAGACCUUGUUUCUUUGAUCAAUAAGGCUGGUGCCACCGCGGUUGGCCUUUCUGGCAUGGAUGGCCGCCUUCUUAUGGCCAAACCAACUCCUAACUCUGCUAAACUGGGGUUUGUUGGAGAGGUUGCACGCGUAGACCCCACUAUUUUGCAGCCUCUUGUUAAUAAUGGGCAUAUACCAGUAAUUGCGUCAGUGGCGGCGGAUGAGUUGGGUCAGUCUUAUAACAUCAAUGCUGACACUGUGGCAGGGGAGGUGGCUGCGGCAUUGGGGGCGGAGAAGCUGAUAUUGCUGACUGAUGUGGCGGGGAUACUUGAAAACAAAGAUGAUCCAGGGAGUUUAGUGAGGGAGAUUGAUAUAAAGGGGGUGAAGAAAUUGAUUGAAGAGAAGAAAGUGGGAGGUGGGAUGAUACCAAAAGUGAAUUGUUGUGUGGCGUCACUUAGUCAAGGUGUUAGAACUGCUAGUAUUAUUGAUGGAAGAGUACAACAUUCUUUGCUUCAUGAGAUUAUGUCUGAAGAAGGUAUUGGUACUAUGAUUACUGGCUAACCCACUGUUCUGUUUUUGGUUGUUUGUCUGUUUGAUUGUGGAAGAAUAAUGACUCAAUGCUAAAGCUCUGUACUUAUCAAGUGAAGUCUUUCUUUGAUGUUUGUUGUUUUUGCUUGAUGGGUUUCUAUUAAAUUUAUUUCUUUGCUUGUCAA